AAAAUGCCUAAGCCCGUCCCAGUGGAGGAUCUUAUCAUUCCUCCCCAAGACGGAAGGAUAUGCGGUACGAUAUGCAUCUGUCAAAUGACGUGCGUAUUGAGCAGCGUUGCCUUGGUAUAUCUGACAGUAGCAAUCUACAUGCCAUCUACCCGCGCCUUCCAAUCAGGCGUAUCAGAAGUACCAAUGAUGUGCACCACAACUCGAGCCAUCACAACUGACAACUGCGACUGGGGAAGUUGUGGUGAAUGGUGCCUGAGCAAAACUUCUGGUUCCUGCAUGCAAAUAUAUGUCAACUUGCGCAGAAACGGCACUGAUUUACUAUUCGGAAAUUGUACGAACGCAGCAAACAAGACUUGUUAUGGAAUUGAUCAAGACAACGCCAAAAAACACAAGUGCGUCAAAGAAGACUGCAAAAACCUCACUGGUACCUUCAAUUGCACAAUGGGUGUGUGCAUUAAUAUAACUGAUGCAUUUGAGUGUGUGUUUAGUGAAACUGACCCUCCUCUCAAGUGUAGUGGAAGACGUGGAAAAAUCACGUGCAUCGAUAUGCAUGGGUUGUUUAGUUGUAAUCGCGGUAUUUGUGAACGAAUUCGGACACCUUAUAAUUGUGAUAGACGUUGUGUUGAUAUACCUACAAGAAACAAGAAUAUGAUCCUGUUGAGCGGAGACCGGGUAUACUUGUCCCAGUGCCAACGAGCUUCAAACGUAGACACAGGCGAAGAAGUUUGGAACGAAUCGGAAGAUAAUAUUUUGAUGGCGUCCUGUCAUGUGGUUACAAAUGGUACAAAUGGAAUAGAAGCUGUCGAUUGUAUAAAUGGUUCCGUCCUCGAAAAAAAUAUUUUGACAGAUUUAACAAAUUUCACGUACUUGAGUUAUUUGAGUAUAUUCAGCACUAGAGCUGUCCACAAAAUUGCACCACCGGAAGCCGAUUUGAUCAUAGCCAAUGAAAGUAGACUUUUGAUUAAUUUAGAAGGUUGCGUCAAUACAUUACAAGAUGAAUGCAAUGGUUUCCUGAAAGAAUUUGGCAAAGAUGGAACAGAUCAUAAUGCACGUGCACGUUUUCCAUGUUUCUUUGCAGAACAUGAUACAUCUAUGGUCGUAGCAAGAUUCGACUUAGCUAAAACUUAUAGGCAGUUUGUUGUGGCUUCUGUAUUACCAUCAGUUUUGUUUGUAGUGUCUUGUUUAACAUUGAUUUUAUGCCAGCGGACAGUGGUAGUGGGCGAUGAUGCCAAAAUGCGAUUUAAGGGUUGUCCAGGGGCUGAACUGAUUGUUGCAACAGGAGAAAAAGGUUCACAAAAUAAUCUUGCUGAUGGAGGAGGAGGGGAAGACGGUGUUAUGGCCCUCUGA